UUUAUCACUGUUUGAAUGAUUGUCUUCCUUUUAGUGGCGUGCAAACAACUAGCAAUAGAAGACUUAUUACUUUGAGAAGACUGUGUUACAGAGAAAGAAGAUUUUGUGAAGAAGCAAACACAACAAUGGCCGAUCUUGUAAUUGGUACUACUGUUCAAGUUUUGCUUGAGAAACUGCUUUCUCUAACAAUUGAGGAGAUCAACAGCUCAAGGGAUUUCAACAAAGAUCUGGAAAUGCUUACACAAAAUGUAUCCUUAAUCCAAGCUUUCAUUCAUGACGUUGAAAGACCACAAAUUGAGAAACAACAGUCUGUGGAACAAUGGCUCAACAGGCUUGAGGGAGUUGCUCAAAAUGCUGAAAAUGUGUUUGAUCGAUUCAGAUAUGAAUCUCUCAAAGCACAAUUGAUGAAGAUCCGAAACAGCCCAAUGAAAAAGGAAUGCUAUUUGAGGCGUAUCUGUCCAUUAAGUUGAAGGAAUUCUGCUUAUUGAACCAAGAUUUCCAUUAGAGGUUUCUCCGGUUUUUGUAAGGACUACAGAAUCUCUCAAAUGAAAGAAGCUAUCACACGUCUUAUGGUUCAAAGUGAGCACCACAUCAGCGCCACGUCAUGGAGAGUUAAUGAUGAACAUGUGAAAAAUGUAAUCUUUUGAAUUUUGUUUGGGUUCCUACUGAUUCUCAUGUGAUAACUUUAACUGAAAGUGGGGUUGAUCCAUUGAAAAUUAUCAAGAUUGUUUAGCCUGUUGA